CCCUCUCUCUCUCUCUCUCUUCACCACUUCAAAGCGCUACUUGAAAGUGCGCUCGAGACUAGAGUUGUUAUUCUUUCCCGUCUGGUCAUCAUCAUGCCUAGAGGAUUCUUAGUGAAGAGGAACCGGCGAUGUUCGGCGUCUUACCGGACACGACAUAACGACAAUAACAAACCGGUGACGUACGACGAGGACGGCAGAAACGGCAGUGAAAACUCUGCGGUGACCAAGCAGGAGCCAGUGAAGGAGAAAGAUGUGUUGAAUGAUUUCUUUCAUGAACGGCAGGAUGGAGUGCUCCCGGUACCCCGCGAGGACUCCACCGGCGUCCGGGAGGCGUGGAGCCCGCACGUGGAGUCUGCGCUGGAGGCGGAGGCGGACCGGCGCGCGCAGUUACCAGAGACAGAGGAGCAGGUGAGCGAGGUGGACGUUUUGACUCCCGACGGUGAUUUCUCCUGCUUUUUUCCACCUCCACCCACACGCGACUUGACACAAACUGAUUCAUGCAGCCCCGUUAAACCUGUCGGCACGAGACUGUUGGAGCAGCACGAGGAAGGGGAGAAACAGCCGUUAUUCCCCGGUAGACAUCUGACAUCAUCUCCGGUGUCGGAGUUACCUUUCCUCGUUAGCUCCACGCCGACCUCUGUGACGGCUUCAAUAGAGAGGCUCCUCGCGAACAGCAGCCGCCACGCGCCAUCCUACGGGAGCGGUGAUAAAUAUGACCCUGGUAUGGGGCACGUGCACCUGUUCCCGCCACUGACACUGAUGAAUCCGGAGCAGCAUAACGCAGCGAGAAAACGCUCGUUCCUUGAACCGGAUCAACGCCUGAAUAGUAACAGACACAACAAACAGUCCGCGUGCAUCCCGUCGAAGAAACACAAAGUUAACCGGAAGCUGAACUUCGAAGAUGAGGUCACGACCUCGCCGGUUCUGGGGCUACGGAUCAAGAAGGAGAGUCCAGAGCUGAGGAAACAGCGUGAGAAGUCGUCCGCUCCCACUGGAAACCAGCCGCUGGGAGAGUUUAUCUGCCAGCUCUGCAAAGAGGAGUACCCGGACCCGUUCUCUCUCGCGCAGCACAAGUGCUCUCGAAUUGUGCGCGUGGAGUACAGGUGUCCCGAGUGUGACAAAGUUUUCAGCUGUCCCGCCAACUUGGCCUCUCACCGCCGAUGGCACAAACCUCGUCCGGUAAACAACCACGGAGAGACUCAGAAGGGUCAGCCGUUGAAAGAGGCGCGAGGACUCAUCCAGCCGUUAGAGAUGGCAGGAAAGGAAAACGAGCUGCACAUUAAUACUAAUCAGCACCACAGCACGCUGGACAGCUCCCGAAUCAGGCUGCUCAACGGUCGGUCUCGAGACAGCCACGAGAGUGACAGCCUCGCGCCUCCCCACUAUGAGAACUCGCUUCAUUGUUACCGAAACCCGGUAGAAAACUGUCUGGACCUUCAGCAGCAGAUGAGAGCAGCAGACAGCCCUCCCACGAGCCUCCUCCUCGUAAACGGCAACCCAGACGAGCGCGCGGACCUUCCUCACCAGCAGCCGCCAUCUCUGCCUCAUCCUCCGUUACCGUUUGCUCAUUCAUUACCGGAGGAGGAAGUGUACGAGUGCCAGUACUGCGGCAAGAAAUUCCGCCGACAAGCUUACCUGAAGAAACACCUGGCCGCGCACGAGUUGUCAGCACGAGCGUCACCGCCCCCAUCGCCUUACCGGCAAGCGCGCGAGCCCAGUAGUGGACAGAGCCAGGUUUUCCUCUGCCACCUGUGUGGCGCGCGCUUCCCGUCGGUGGAAAUCAGGGAUAAGCACCGUUUGUGGCACGCGAUGAGGGACGAGUUACUGGCGGGAGCUUUGGGAGGUGGACUCAGACCUGCUGAAGUGUUUCACGCGCAAGGAGAGGAGAGCGGCGCGAGGGACAGCGAGCAGCAGCAGAUCUACACGUGCAAGCACUGCCCGUCAACUUUCUUCAGCUCGCCGGGGCUCGCGAGACACAUCAACAAAUCUCAUCCCACGGAGAACCGGCAGGUGAUGCUUCUGCAGAUGACCGUGCGACCUUAA